GUACAAAACCAAAGUAGCAAGCACAGCCCCUUUUUGAUUUGUCUUUGUGCAUGGCCAAAAAUGCAACACAAUGUUGUUGAAACACAGUUAUGAAAAUUUCUCCUGAAUUGCUAUUUGUGUUGGAAACACUUCCAUACAGGUGUGUGCAUUUUUUUUACCACUGUCUGCCCCCCAUACUGUUGAAGACUAGCUGGUAGCACCUGUUUCCUCAUGGGUGUUGCCUUUGCCCAAACCAAAGGGUCUGCCUGAAUCCACAGCCACUGUCCACCAUUUUUGGAUGUCAUUUGAGGCGAGUGUGCCCCCCAGACUACCCCAUUCUCAGAACCCAAAGCUGGCAGAGCCAGGACAAAGCAGAGAAAACACAUAUGUGUGUAAGAAUAUAUUUACAAACAUCUCUCCAUGUAAGGUUAAACACAGGGAAAUUGUUUGGCUGGAUCGGAUUUGGAAGACAUCAGGCCUUUGGUGUGUUUAUGCUAAUUUCUUUUCAAAAUAUGGCAUGGUUGCCACCCCCUCCACACUUGCUCCCAUACAGGGGAUGAGCCAAUCGUGUUACGAGAUGGAAAAGGACAGCCUGGAAGGGGCCUGCUGUGGGGCGGAGCUUUCAGGCUGUGCGGCUGCCAUAGAGAAGGAGAGGGACUCAGGCCUCAGUUUCACAGACAGCUCGACCACCCUCACAUCCUCCUCCAGCCUCCAGAUGCAGGUGGACCAGCAGGGCUAUGACGUAGAGUUUGACCCACCACUGGAGAGCAAGUACGAGUGCCCCAUCUGCCUGAUGGCUCUGAGAGCAGCUGUGCAGACACCAUGUGGGCACCGGUUCUGUCGCGGGUGCAUCGAGAAGUCCCUCCGGGAUGCGGGUCCCAAGUGCCCGGUGGACAACGAGGUUCUGACGGAGGCUCAGCUCUUCUCUGAUAACUUUGCCAAGCGCGAGAUCCUGUCUCUCACGGUGCGCUGUCCCAACACAGGCUGCAGCCACAAGAUGGAGCUCCGCCACCUAGAGGCUCAUGUGGCACAGUGCCAGUUCGCCACUGUGCCCUGCCCGCUGUGCCAGGACGCGGUAUGGAAGAGUGAACUGGAAGAGCACAAGACCCAGCAGUGCCCACGCCGCUCUGUUUCAUGCGCUGACUGCAUGGAGAGAUUCGUCUUUGAGGACAGACAGUUUCACGAACAACAGUGUCCCCUGGCAAAUGUGAUGUGUGAGUACUGCGGCAUGGAAUUCAUUCGAGACCAGCUAGCAUCACACUGCGACACUGACUGCCUCAAAGCUCCAGUCGCCUGCACCUUCAGCUACUUUGGAUGCUUGGAGAGGAUGCAGCGAAAUGACCUGGCACAGCACAUGCAGGAGUUCACGCAGAUGCACAUGCACUACAUGGCUGAAUUCCUGCGCAGCCAGAACCUACUUGCCCACCCACAGCUUGGAGUGCCAGGAAGUGUGGCAUCGUUCUGCGAGGACAAGAGUGCAGGGGCAUCUGGUGGGGCAGCGUCCCCGUGUGAAUGCACGCAGGAGCUCCGGCACAUGCGUGAGACAGUGCAGCAGCUGGAGGCACGGCUGGUGCGCCAGGACCACCAGCUGCGUGAGCUGAGCAUCCACAGUGAGACGCAGGCAACGCAGCUGGCCGAGGCACGGAGGCAGGUGCGCGCUCUGGAGGACACAGUGCGGGAGCUGGAGGCACAGCAGUGCCAGGGCGUCUAUGUGUGGCGGGUGGAGGGCUUCUCUGCCCACCUGCGGAGCCAAGAGGCAGGCCAGCCCGUGGUCAUCCACAGCCCGGGUUUCUAUACUGGGCGCCCGGGCUACAAGCUCUGCCUCCGGCUCCACCUCCAGACGCCCAGCGCCCCCCGCUGCUCCAACUACAUCUCCCUGUUUGUGCAUACCAUGCAGGGCGAGUUUGACGGGCAGCUGUCCUGGCCCUUCCAGGGCACAAUCCGGCUGGCCAUCCUGGACCAGGCCGACGGUCAGCACCACGUGGAGGUGAUGGAGACCAAGCCCGACCUGCUGGCGUUCCAGCGGCCCACCUCCCAACGCAACCCCAAGGGCUUUGGCUACGUCACUUUCCUCCACCUCCAGCAGCUUCAGCAGGGCCAAUAUGUGCGGGACGACACCCUGCUGGUGCGUUGUGAGGUCACACCCCGCUUCGACCCCUCCGUGCGCAGGGAGGGCUUUCAGCCACGUGGGCCAGAGCCUUCUCUGUGACCCCACUGCCCCCAAUAAGGAUUAGCCGUCUCCCACCCCCUCACAAACAGCAACAACAGCCUCACCUCUGCUGUCCAAUGUUACACACAAACUUGAGGCCUGUGCCUAUCCUCAGUUGCAAAGCUCUUGUCUGACACAGGUUCGCAGUCUUACUCUCACCUGGAGAGUCAGGGAUGCUGGAAAUACUGUCUGAGCAUUUCACACAGUAUAAGGACUUGGGCACAUGUCAACAAAUAUUCAAGUCCCAAAUGUAUCAAAAAAAAAAAGAUAAGACUUUGUUCCCAUUGCAGGACAACAAACAAAUAAAGAGUGAAGCAAGGUUACAAUGGCUUGUUACACCUUUUAUGACAUUUUUUUCUCCUAUAACCUGCCAAAUGUCUGACAGACCUGCCUGAAGAUCCCCACCACCUCCCCUCUCAUCACUGGAAGUGAAUUAUCAUUCCAAUCCUCUGAGAGUCAACACACUCCAGAUGCGGACAACCUGGAAUAGAAUCAUUAUUACCACCGACUACAAACCCCAUCAUGCCAAGGAUCCCAGGCUGGCAGGACAGCAAUGGCCUCCAACACAGGAGUUUUGGAGGAUGUGAAGAAAUGCCUUAUUCUUUUUUAACUCUUCAAAUCUAAUGAAAUCCUUUCUGACUGCACUUUCAAUACAUUUUCCUUCUUGUGUAGGGAAUCAUCUUCAGCUUUGUGUGUUAUGUCACUGUCGCUCAAGUAGUGGUUCACCAGGAAUUUCACUGAUUGUUAGCCUCUUUAUCCUUACAAAGUGCCACAAACUCACAUGGCAACACAAGUGACUUUAGACAGUGGCCAUAUAUGGGCUGAUUUUGCAUGGAAAGGUAGGAAAUGGCAGCCAUGGCCCAACGUCAGAAGGAACACUAAGAGAGAGAGUGGAGAAGUCCCUUCCACCUUCACCUUAAGGAGUCAAAUGUCAGAUGGAUCAAGCCUCAGUAAGAAGGCUUACUGUCGACCUCCUUAAAGCCCAUUACACCAUCAUAGCUGGGUCAGUGUCCUUUAGAGGGGUUUUCUUUAGUGAAGCUUUUCCCCUGUUGCAGGGGAUCAAGGCUCAAAUAAGGCUUCCUAAAGCUCUUUAUCUGCUCCAGGGACCCCAAAUAGAUCAAAGGUUGGGUAUAGUCCAAACAGCAGAUUCUGGUAGGUGAGGCCUGCCAGAGGAGGCUGGAGGCUACCGUUGGUGGCAAGGGUGGCGGGUUGUCGCCCAGCCCUCCUACACUGAAGACAGAAUGUGAAAGGGAGGAGUGCAAGCCACCGUGGGACCUCCAACAUCUGAGCCAAUGAGAUUGUAAAUUUCAUGGCUUGGGAGAAAUUGGAGUAAAUAUGCCAAUAUUCACUUACACAACACUGCAUUCCGGGGUAAGAACGGAGCCCAUGCUAAAAGGUAUUGGCAAAGAUUGUUUGAUGUCAUUAAUUUAAUUGUAGGAUAUAGUGUAUUAAAUAUAACUGUCUGCCUUAAUUGUUUUUUUUAAUGGUGUG